AUGUCUGACCUUCAUCUCGAACGGAUAAAAUACGGCUUUGCGGUCACAAAAGCCGCUCCCAUUCUCCUGCUCGUGGGCGACAUUGGGCGCUUCCACGAUCGAGAUCAAUACCGAAAUUUCCUCAUUGAACAGUGCGAGCAAUUUGACCGCGUCCUUUUGAUAGCCGGAAAUCAUGAAUUCUACAGCUCUUCGCGUGAGAUUGGCCUACGGACCGCUCAUGACUUCGUCGACGAUUCUGCGAUGAAGGGUCGACUUCACUUCCUGAACAGGUCCCGAUUCGACGUCCCGGAGUCAGAUUACACCUUACUUGGUUGCACGCUACAGUCCUACAUCGGGCCGGAGUACACAAAGUUAACUAACGACUUCCAGCGAAUUCAGAAUUGGAGGAUCAAAGAUCAUAACGAAGAGCACCAGCGUGACAUGACAUGGUUGCAGGCAUCGAUCGAUGAGAUCGCACGUACAGAUCCAGGACGGAAGAUCAUCAUCGCAACCCAUUACGCUCCUGCAUUUGAGAAGACGUGCCAUCCACUCAACCAAAAUAACGCCGUCAGCCAGUGCUUCUCCAGUAAUGCUCUCCAGCAGAUGUUUACCUGGCCGGGUGCCAAACAUGUCACUCAUUGGAUUUUCGGACACACUCAUUGGAACAGUAACUUCACGUCCGGUGGAGUCAAGGUAUCGAGCAAUCAAUUGUGUAAUGAUUCGAAUAAGCUCACUUGGUGGCAGAAGCGGACCAUGUAUCGUGCAUUUGAUGAGCGAGCCACAAUCAGACUUUGA